CAGCCUGCGGCGGCGGCGGUGGUGGUGGUGGGGCAACGAACCGAGACGGUCGACCGCACUCGCGCACCGAGCUUGAGAGAGAGAGAGAGAAAGAGAGAGGAGGUGAGGACGACCAUCCCGUCCAUUCCAGCAGGACUGGAACCGGAUUGGAUCUGCCUGUUAUGAGAUCCGUUGAAAAAGGAGACCUGGAACAAUGUUUUGGGUCAUCUUUCCAGUAUUCUUCUGGCUCUUUGCAACUGGCAGCAUCUGGCUCAUAUACGGCUUGGCGGUGAUGAACAACCAUGUGGACCCUGCAGUAGAAUUUCCGUACAUCAGUACCUGCGGAACGUAUCCUCCACAGAGCUGCAUCUUCGGACAGCUCCUCAACUUCGGCGCGCUGAUGGUGGGUUCCAUCAGCGUGAUGCGCUACAGGUUUCUGGAGGAGCAAGGAGAUCGGUCCUGGGUCAACAAAAUUAGCCUCGCCGCGGGGCUCCUCAGUGCCUUGGGUGCCUCGCUGGUCGGGAACUUUCAGGUGCUGAACGAGAUCAACACUCACCUGGUGGGCGCCGUGCUGGCGUUCGGCGUGGGCACCCUCUACUUCUGGAUGCAGACGGGGCUCGCGUUCCGACUGCGCUCCGCGAGGAUCGCCCGCGGAACGUCACGGUGCAGCCACGGCGUCCUCAUCAUCGUCACGGCGCUCGGCAGCACCGCAUCCACCGUCAGCGCCGCACUCCUGCUCACCUUCAACUUCAUGGGUCACAAGAGCGAGGCGGCCAUCUUCGAGUGGAUCCUCGCCAUGGUCAUGUUCGCCCUCUUCGCCACCUUCUCCUUCGACUUCCACGAGAUUCGCUCCUCGGGUCUCUCCGUGAAGCUGCGCGAGCCGCCCCCUCGCGCGCGCAUGUCGCUGCGCGAGACGCCCAACGUGUCGACCAUCACGCUGUCGCGCCCAAGCCCAUCGCGUGACGGGUGGGCGGACACACACGAACAGAUGGAGCGAGCGAGCGCUGGACAACCGCGAAAUGUUAACGACCUCGCCUGGUCUACUGGCAAUCGGGCAUGAACCUGUCAGCACUAAUGUUACGAUGGGAACUGCCUGUAUCCUAUCGCCUGCGCGUCACGGUGGCGAGAUGUUAACUCCAUCGCCUGGUAUACAGGAGGUCGUGGAGCGACCCUGACGCCUGUAUAUCUGGAGUUUGCGUGUUCUCCCCGUGGUCGCGUGGAUUUUUCUCCAGGUGCGAUUAGACUAUUUGGCUACUGUAAAUUUCCACGUGGUAAGCCACUUCUUUAAGCUAUCAUUUGUGGCCAGGUCGCUUCUGAAAAAGAGCUAUAUUGCUCAGUGGGCCUUAGCUGGUAAAACAAAAAAAACUAAAAUAGUUCAUAGUUUUAACUGCCGACGUUUUAUUUUAAUGGUGGCCAAGUUGAUUUUGGUUUAACCAGCGGAGAACUAACAGAGACCAGGAUGAUCAAAUUGGCAAAAGCAAAAACGAAUGAAAUAAAAGUUCAGCAAUGAAGCGAAUGUACAUCAGGGGAAAGACAAUGCGGUUGCCUACGAUCGUCGCAGGAAAUAGUUGCCGCAACAUUUCAAGUAAAAAAAAAGAAAAUCCAAAGUGAUUACGUCCUAAAGUGAGCACUGCAGGCAGUGCUAACCUCCCGUCGACAGCCCUGAACCUGUUAAGGAAAUUCUACAUUCCCUUGGCGGAGACGAGUCUAUCCAUAGGACACGCUCGGUUGACUUCCCCAAAAAGCGGUACUAGUUUAGUCGACCUCGCAGGGAUGAUAGGCUGACUCAAACCCCCAACCAUUUUUCAUUGUAUGUAAUUGGUCCAACGGAUGUAUGCAGCAUCGAUUCGUCGAUUAAUAUCGAUGUGUCAAUCGAAGUACGCGUUUUUAAUAUUUAUACUUCCUUUUUAAUCGAUCAACUCGAGUUAUAUCACGACUAAUGGCCUUUACGUCAACCACAACGUUUAAAAGAUAUAUAUAUACAACCGAUUUAAAAAAAAAGAAUUGUUACCUUCAAUGGUGGCAAAUAGUCGAUUAUGCAAUGGGUGAAUUGUUUGUAAUGUAGCGAGCGGUGAUUAACAAUUUGCACUUUUCUGUCGAGAAUUACCAAGUAUUUAUCAAUAACAAUUUAGCAAUAAUAAAAGUAAUAUAUGCUAUUUAAAAACUCAUAAAACAAAGGCCGAGUAUCAAUACUCGGCCAGUUCCAUGAACGAGCACUUGGAUUUGUGUAAGAGAGAACUGGAGACCCUGGAAAAAAUCCACACUGCAUACGUGGAGGUGACGCUCAACACACUGCCACCACCAACACCACCCACCAUCACCAUCACCCACCACCAACACCACUGUCACCACCAACAAAGACAAAUGUCCCCCAUAUAGCCUUAACAGCCUGUAGGGGCAAGAGCUGUUAGCGAGCACCUAUGAAGGCCGGAACGGUACACGAGGGGGUAGGUGGCCAGCGCCAAGCCCGACCACAUUUGUCUCCCCAGUGGCGAUGUUUAAACAAUGUAGUUACUCAUUUCAGGCUAAGUCGACCUAGGGGAGGCCCAGGACGGGUUCAGAUAAUCGUCACCGGUGUUGGCCGUGAGCGGGAAUCGAACCCGGUUCGCCGGGUUCUUAGCGCAGUGCACGAACCGCUACACUACCACUCCCCACCAACACCACUGUCACCACCAACACCACCUACCAUCACCAACGCUACUGUCAACGCUACCAUAAAAAUGACCAUCAUUAACAACCAAGACAACCAUCAACGCCAUCAUCACUAACCCCAACGACAUCACCAUCACUCGUCGUGUUUCGUCACUACAACACCCGCUCGGCUGAACGGUGGAUUUGUGACCCUACCUGUGUGGACCUUUUGAGUGUUAACCACUCGUGAGCGUGGCGAGUGUUCUCCGGGUUUUCCAGCUUCCUCCAAAAGGAGGCAAUACACUCGGCAUCUCCGAUGAGCGCGGUUGGCUACGUACGGUGCGAAAGAAGUUCAACAUACACAGGACAUACACGAUAUGAAAAAGGAACUGGUAUAAACAUCCCAAUCACGCAGGACCCCUCCUGCACAAGUCUUGAGACUUAGUGCGGUUAGAUUAUUAAACAAAUACAUAUUAUUACACUCCAGACCACAAGCGUUUAGGAGAUGAAACAUAUUUAUACACAGCAGCCAACCACAACAGGGCAAACUCUGGACACAAUGACUCGCAAUGCACAAUGGAUGUCAGGUGGAAGUUUCGUGUGAAAAUACAGCAACAAUGUUUACAUUUUUUGUGAAUAUGCAUACUUGAACACAUUUAAUCGUUGCUUUUAUUUAAUCGAUAACAGUUUUUAAUGCUUUUCCAGCAAAGUAACAAUAAAAUGUAUUUGCGCUGCCCAUCGACAACACGGGUGCCUUGAUAACUCUGGUAAAGAUGAUCCAACAGAAACUAAUUUUAAGUUUAAAAGUCGUGUUGCUAUGGGGGACUUGCCCUAUACAAUACCGGGCAAAUGUAUGUAAGGGUUACUCAAAACUCGAAAGGUAACCUAAUUACCGUUAAUUAAACACUUCUGAGGCCAAGCGAAUACUGUAAAAUGCUACACAAGUACAUGCAUGCUUUUCUUGGUUUGUUUUGUACACCGCUCGCAUGGAGUACAUAUUUGUGUGUUCGACCAAUAAGGACGAAACACGCAUUUAGAUAUUUUAUUUUCAAUGUUAUCUCCUCCAUUUGUAUUGACGCGUUGCUCAGGAGAGAACGGCUACAGUGCAUGUACACACACACACACAUCAGCGACAAGCGAUAUCAGCAUUUGUCCUGGGAACUGCCAAGGUCAACAGCAAACAGCCGUGCACAGUUAGCGAGCACCUAGCAAGGCCAGUCCUGUACACAUGGUGGCGGUGGUGGUGUGGCCAUCAAAUGCCUGGAUAUCUAUAUAUUUCCCCUCCCCCCGUGUUGUCUACUUUGUACUUCGCAACAGAGUGGUCAAUUAGGGCUGAGUCAAUACAGGUGGGUAAAGGUCGGUGUUGGGAGUGGUUAUCACACUGCGCCAUGAACUUGGGCAACCCAGAUUCAAUUACCGGCCAUGACUAACAUCGCAGGCGACUGAUGUGCAUUAGUAGUUCAUAAACAGCCCCUCCGCCGUCACGACUUACCAGCCCACAUUGACCAGUGUGGUGAAGUAUGGCCAGGCAAUACCUGUGACCGACGUAGCACAGGGAUGCCUUCAACCAGGAUAUAGCCACGACUCACCACCGAUGCUGGGAAUCGAAUCUCGGUCACCGGAUUAGGGU